AUGAACAAGCAUAAGUAUCGUGUGGAGAUCCAGCAAAUGAUGUUUGUCUCUGGUGAGAUUAACGAUCCGCCUGUGGAGACUACAUCGCUGAUAGAAGAUGUAGUAAGAGGCCAAGUGAUAGAAAUUCUCCUGCAGUCAAACAAAACCGCACAUCUCAGGGGAAGUAGAAGUAUUUUGCCCGAAGACGUUAUUUUUUUGAUCAGACAUGAUAAGGCCAAAGUCAACCGUUUGAGGACAUAUUUGUCGUGGAAGGAUUUGCGUAAGAAUGCCAAGGACCAAGACGCUAGUGCUGGCGUGGCAGCCGCUAGUGGGAACCCUGGAGCAGGCGGUGAGGAUGAUUUGAAAAAAGCAGCUGGUGGGGAAAAAGACGAAAAAGAUGGGGGGAAUAUGAUGAAAGUCAAGAAAUCUCAGAUAAAACUGCCAUGGGAACUACAGUUUAUGUUUAAUGAGCAUCCUUUGGAGAACAACGAUGAUAAUGACGAUAUGGACGAAGACGAACGAGAGGCUAAUAUAGUAACUUUGAAAAGACUGAAAAUGGCCGAUGACAGAACUCGAAACAUGACUAAAGAGGAGUAUGUGCACUGGUCUGAUUGUCGACAGGCAAGUUUUACAUUUAGAAAGAACAAGAGAUUCAAAGAUUGGUCCGGGAUAUCGCAGUUGACUGAGGGGAAACCGCAUGAUGACGUUAUUGAUAUUCUGGGGUUUUUAACUUUUGAGAUUGUUUGCUCUUUAACGGAGACGGCACUGAAGAUUAAACAAAGAGAACAGGUUUUGCGAGCUCAAAAGGACAAGUCCCAACAAUCUAACCAGGAUAACUCGAACUUUGAAUUCACAUCAUCUACAUUACAUAGAAAGAAGAGACUGUUCGACGGUCCUGAAAAUGUUGUCAACCCGCUCAAACCAAAGCAUAUAGAAGAGGCCUGGAGAGUAUUGCAAAUGAUUGAUAUGAGACAUAGAGCUUUGACCAAUUUUAAAGGUGGAAGACUCAGUUCUAAGCCAAUUAUCAUGUAA